CAGACGUAAACGAAAAAUAAACGGUGGACGAGCUGGGGAGACUAAGGAGUGGUCGUUGAUUCGGUGAGUUAUUGGGUGACGCACCAAUGGUCGUUACCUCAAUUCGCCUUCCUUCUUCCCUCGCCUCUCUUUCUUCCCACACAAUUCGAUUUUCAUGGCACAGAUCUGCUACUUCACUUCCCUCCUAUGCCCUUCCUCUCUUCCGACCUCCUUUCCAGGUUCGCCUUCGCUCCGUUUCUGCCGAGGAAGAUUCUGAGGUGCAAUUAUCUGCUGAUCAAUCGGAAAUGAUAUUCAUGGGGACGGGAACUAGUGAAGGGAUUCCAAGAGUCAGCUGCUUGACUAAUCCUCUUAAGAAAUGCCCGGUCUGUUCCAAGGCUACUGAACCAGGUAAUAAGAAUAGGAGACUUAACACAAGCAUUCUCAUUCGUCGACUAAGCUCCUCAGGAAGUUGCAAUAUUCUAAUAGAUGUUGGGAAAUUUUUCUAUCAGAGUGCUCUUCGAUGGUUUCCUACAUUGGGGAUAAGAACACUUGAUGGGGUUGUUAUCACUCAUUCCCAUGCUGAUGCAAUUGGAGGUCUUGAUGAUCUUCGAGAUUGGACAAACAACGUUCAACCGUCUAUUCCAAUAUAUGUAGCCGAGCGUGACUUUGAGGUGAUGAAGAAGACACAUUAUUAUUUAGUAGAUACAAGUGUUGUCAUCCCUGGUGCUGCAGUAUCAAAGUUGCAAUUUAAUAUCAUAUCAGAAGAGCCAUUUUUUGUGCAUGGAUUGAAGAUUACUCCUUUGCCAGUGUGGCAUGGCCAAGGUUAUCGUUCCCUUGGUUUCCGUUUUGGGGAUGUAUGCUACAUUAGUGAUGUUAGUGACAUUCCUGAAGAAACCUAUCCACUUUUGAAGGACUGUGAAAUUCUAAUUCUGGAUGCUUUGAGGCCUGAUCGCUCUAGUUCCACACAUUUUGGACUUCCAAGGGCCAUAGAGGAAGUGCGAAAAAUACAACCCAAGAGAACAUUGUUUACUGGUAUGAUGCAUCUGAUGGAUCAUGAAGAAAUAAAUGGCUAUCUGGCAAAAUUCAUGGAGUCUGAGGGUCUUGAUAUACAACUGAGCUAUGAUGGGCUUCGAAUACCAGUAAAACUAUAGCGUACACACUCAUUUGAGUUCUUAUUUAGAGAUAGGACUAGCUACCGGCCUAAGCAUUUUUUUUUUUUUAGGCCUAUCCAAUAAAAAAGCGAAAUUGUUAGAAUGAGGCUGUAAUGUAGGAUUGUAGGUCAAUGCCUGGACUCUACAAGAAUGAAUAAAAAAAAUAGGGGGAAAAACGGAUGAGUAUACUUUCUGGUAAAUACCCAUUAUUUUGGUUAUGGUGGAUGAUUUGUUACAACUCUUGACGACAAAGAUGUCGUGUUGGAGAAUUGAAUUUUAUCAUUCUGGGACUCUGAAAAAGGUCAAGACAUGGUACUGUUAUAGAAUUAUAGUGACAAUCAAAUGUGAAAAAAGGUGUUUUA